AUGGCGGGCCUCGCAGCUCUCUGCCUGCUGUUGGUGUUUCCACUGAGCAGCUCCCAGAGCACCCUCCAGUCUGAGCAGGAGAUCAAUGCCCAUCAGGCCCUCGGAGCACCUCCUCCUCCUCCUCCACCACCACACUUACAUGCCCCUGUAGACAAAGAUAAUGCCAAAGUGGGUCUGUUCAUUGCUGCAGCCAUGGGAACCUUCGCUCUUAUGGCUGCAGUGUACUGUAUUUACAACAAGUUCUACACCAAACAACAGUACCUGCACACCCAGCUUAAUGAUGAAUCAGAUUUAGCUGACCCCAUGGACCCUCCCCCAGUGUUUUUCCACGCCUCCGCUGGCUCCAGUGCAGUAGAUGUGCGGAGAGCUGGUUAUGGCUCACUCUCGGACACUCCAUCCAUCAUCUCCGUGCCGCCCAGCCUAGCUCUUGAGAAGAAGCAGGAAAAUGGUGAGACCAUCGAGUUGUCGGCGGAGGGCCGGCCGGAGCAGGUGGAAGAGAAGGAGAUGCCUGUGGUGGACUGCACAUGCUUCGGCCUGCCCAGGCGCUACAUCAUCGCCAUCCUCUCUGGCAUCGGAUUCUGCAUUUCCUUUGGUAUCCGGUGUAACCUGGGCGUGGCCAUCGUCAGCAUGGUCAACAGCCACACCAUCUUCAGAGACAACAAGGAGGUCGUAGUGAAAGCUCAGUUUGACUGGGAUCCAGAAACAGUGGGAAUGAUCCACGGCUCCUUCUUCUGGGGAUACAUAGUAACCCAAAUCCCAGGAGGGUUCAUUUGUCAAAAGUUUGCAGCAAACAGAGUGUUUGGCUUUGCUAUAGUGGCCACGUCCUGCCUGAAUAUGCUCAUCCCUGCAGCAGCACGGAUGCAUUUUGGCUGUGUUAUCCUUGUCAGGAUUUGUCAAGGACUUGUGGAGGGGGUUUCAUAUCCAGCCUGUCAUGGUAUUUGGGCAAAAUGGGCACCACCUCUUGAAAGAAGUCGCCUGGCCACCACAGCCUUUUGUGGUUCUUAUGCUGGUGCUGUGAUUGCCAUGCCUUUAGCUGGAAUCCUAGUCCAGUACUCAGGAUGGUCAUCAGUCUUCUACGUCUACGGAAGUUUUGGGGUCAUGUGGUAUUGCUUCUGGUUCCUGGUGUCAUAUGAAAGUCCAGCAGCUCAUCCCACCAUCACUGAGGAGGAGAGAAAAUACAUUGAGGAAAGCAUUGGCGAGACGGCCCAAUUUACAGUAACGAAAUUCAACACACCGUGGAGGGCCUUCUUUACGUCCAUGCCAGUGUACGCUAUCAUUGUGGCUAAUUUCUGCAGAAGCUGGACUUUCUACUUGCUGCUUAUCAGCCAGCCUGCAUACUUCGAGGAAGUGUUUGGGUUCGAGAUUAGCAAGGUGGGCAUAGUUUCUGCACUUCCCCACCUUGUCAUGACCAUUAUCGUGCCCAUUGGUGGCCAGCUUGCUGACUAUCUGCGCUCCAACCACAUUAUGACCACAACUAACGUCAGGAAACUUAUGAACUGUGGAGGGUUUGGGAUGGAGGCAACCCUGCUGUUGGUAGUGGGCUUCUCUCAUACGAAAGGUGUUGCUAUUACUUUCCUGGUUCUGGCUGUGGGUUUCUCAGGCUUUGCAAUUUCAGGUUUCAAUGUCAACCACCUGGACAUUGCGCCGCGCUAUGCUAGUAUCCUCAUGGGUAUCUCCAAUGGUGUGGGCACUUUGUCUGGUAUGGUUUGCCCACUUAUAGUUGGUGCCAUGACAAAGCAUAAGACGCGGGAGGAGUGGCAGGGUGUGUUUCUUAUUGCCUCGCUUGUUCAUUAUGGAGGUGUUAUAUUCUAUGGCCUCUUUGCAUCAGGAGAAAAGCAAGCUUGGGCGGAGCCAGAGCAGCUGAGCGAUGAGAAAUGUGGAAUCCUGGAUGAGGAUGAGCUCGCAAACGAGACAGAGGAGCUGUAUCGCACGAGUGGCGGAGCAGGCUACGGAGCCAUGAACCAGGGAGCGGAUCCCAAUGGAGGCGGAGGCAUGGGAGGAGGAGGAGGAGGAGGUUGGGUCUCAGACUGGGACAAAACUGAGGAAUACGUCCAACCAGCUGGAACCAAUAAUUACCUUUAUGGAGGAGAGGGGGACCGAUAGUUAACAUAAAACCAGCAGACCCUCAGCUCAUAGCCUUUAGUGAGGCAGAAACAGUACAUCAACAGUCUGGAGUUUCACCUGAUGGCAUGAAGAACUUGAGAAAGUGAGGAUUUAAAAUGGAAUGCGGGAGGGGACCAUUUUCAGCAAGUCUGACUGUAUUAUCAUAACUGAACUGAAUUCAAAGAAACUCCACAAUGAAGGUGAAGACAUUAGUAAAUGUAAAA